AUAAACGCUCGUUCAUGUCACUCUACUUACAGUCAUUGCACAAGCAUAGAUAUCCCUUGGCUUUUUCAGAACUUAAGAAAAUGGGUAGCUACAAGCCUUAUAUUGCGAUGGUGUCUGUGCAGUGUGUCUAUGCAGGCAUGGCCUUGUUCUCCAAGGCGGCCAUUGCCAAGGGCAUGAACCCUUUCAUCUUCGUCGUGUAUCGGCAAGCUCUUGCCUUCCUCGUUCUCGCCCCCUUCGCCUUUUUCCUCGAAAGGAAGGGGUCGGCGACUCUCACAUACGGCUUACUCUUCAAGAUCUUCUUGAUCGCCUUUUCCGGGCUCACACUGAGUUUAAACCUCUAUUGCGUGGCAAUUAACUACACAUCGGCAACUUUCGCGGCCGCCACCACCAACACCAUUCCUGCCAUUACUUUUAUCAUGGCUGUUGUCUUAAGGAUGGAGGGCAUUAGUGUGGGAAAGUGGCAUGGAUGGGCAAAAGUGGUGGGAUCGGUGAUGGGGGUUUCAGGGGCUUUGGUGUAUGCGUUCGUGAAGGGGCCACCCGUGAACUUGAUCAACUGGUCUUCUCCAGGACCCGCGAGGCAGUCCCCGCCAUCCGGAUCCGGAAGCAUCGGCGACCCCUCAAGCUCCGGGGAGUGGAUCAAGGGCUCUCUCAUCAUGUUCUCCGCCAACGCCCUCUGGUCCCUGUGGUUGAUUUUGCAGCGUCCGAUCAUCAAGCAAUAUCCAGCCAAGUUGCGGUUGACCACUCUUCAAUGCUUCUUCAGCUGCAUACAGUCAGCCUUUUGGGCCAUUGCCAAGGAGAGAGAUCCAGUGGCAUGGAAGCUCGGAUGGGACAUGCAGCUUCUCUCCGUAGUUUACUGUGGAGUGAUCGUGACGGCGAUCUCAUACUGGCUUCAAGUUUGGGCAAUAGAGAAGAAAGGCCCAGUUUUCACGGCGAUGUUCACUCCGGUUGCGCUCAUUAUUGCCGCCUUCUUCUCCGCAUUCUUGUGGAAAGAAACUCUCUUCCGUGGAAGUUUGGUUGGGGCGAUGUUGAUGGUGGGUGGGCUCUACUUUGUGCUAUGGGGAAAGAUCAAAGAAGAUGGGAACAAGGAAGUGAAAGACAACCGACGACCAGAAAUAAAAGAGGAGGUCACGUCAGACUGCAUACCUGUCUGACAUUACGGAAUAAAUUGCCACGUCAAUCUAGGAAUCAGGGCACGAAAUGAUCCGAAUCUAUUGGAACUGUUGAAUAGGAAAAGUGAUGUCAGAUAUAGAAAAUCGAUCAAUCAAAAUCAAUAGUUAGAAAUAUGUACGAUCCAUAUGCAUCCGAUACAUGCAACCAGUUUCUUCUAUGCCCAAA